AUGGUGAACUCGAAGUUGGUUUCUGUUGCAUUUUUUGUUUUACUUUGCGUUGGGCUCUCCUCGGCUGCUAGGUCCCUGCUUGCCGUUGGUGGAGGAGGAGGGGGAGGUAGUGGUGAGGGAGGUGGUGGUGGUGGAGGUAAAGGAACUGGGUCUGGAUAUGGCUCGGGUUACGGGGAGGGAUAUGGUUCCGGCGAAGGCAUUGGUUAUAGUGGGGCAAAAGGGAAAGGAUAUGCAAGUGGUGGAGGUGGCGGAGGUGGAGGUGGAGGCGGAGGUGGAGGUGGUGGAGGGUCUGGAAAUGGCAGCGGUUAUGGUUCCGGGGGUGGGAGUGGUUCAGGGUAUGGUGCUGGAGGAGCCGUAGGUGGAGGUUCUUAUGCAAGUGGUGGAGGAGGUGGAGGAUAUGGAGCAGGAGGUGCCAAUGGUGGAGGCUAUGCCAGUGGUGGUGGAGGUGGAGGUGGCGGUGGUGGUGGUGGAGGCGGUGGUGGCGGUUCAGGCAGUGGCUCUGGCUCUGGCUAUGGUUCAGGUUCUGGAUCCGGAUACGGUGGUGGAGUUGGCCAUAGCACGUAG